AUGAAAAAGAUCUGCAGAGGAGGAUUUGUGUCUUCUCUCAUCCUAAUCUCGUAUAUCGCUCUGGCAACUUCAGUGAUGCUCGAUUUAACUGAACUGAAAAAUAAAAUUUCCAAGCUCAAGGUGAAUCCCAGAGGGAAUCUUUGGGCAACAGGGCAUUUCAUGGGAAAGAAGAGUGUGGAUAGCUCCUUUCUGGAGACUGUCUUUGAAGACAUAAACGCUCCAUCUGAAGGCAGAGAUGCGAGUCCUGUGGCCGGAGCAGAUUUUCAGGCACUGAUCACCAAGAUGUUGAGAGGCGCACAACCAACAAGAAGACAGACUCUGGACAUAGAGAGAGGAGAUCCAGCUUGAAGGCCAGCCUCUAUCAAGCACCAACGGAUUGAUCAGAUUUAUUAUUUUUGUCAUUUAAAAAAAAGGCUGU